AUGCUCUUCUCAACAACCAUCGCUCGUCCACUGCAACUGGCCACUCGCACCAUGCAGUGGGCUAGCGUUGUCAUUGUCAUGGGCCUGACCUCGUUCUUCAUCAACCGCGGCCCCCGUGGCCAGCAUACUAUCUACCAGGAAGUCAUUGCUGUCCUCUCGGUUGUCUUCUUUCUUCCAGCUUUCAUUUCGCCAUUCCUGCCCUCGGUGUUGAGCAGAUUCGUGCUUGCUAUCGACGUCGUGUUCUCCUACCUCUGGUUGACUGCCUUUAUUUUCUCCGCACAAGACUAUAGCACGAGGCGGUGCUACUGGGCUAUCCCCGCAGGCCUCAACUGCAAGCGCAAGAGGGCCAAUGAAGCUUUCAUCUUCCUAGCUUUUAUCUUCACCUUCUUCGGAAUGCUCCUUGAAGUCGCCGCCCUCUGGGCCUAUCGCAAGGAAAACACCACCACCCAACGUACCGAGGAGGAUAAAGUCAAUUCUGGGACCCGUCCACCUCAUGAUACGCCUGCAGCUCCUGCUGGAACUGUUUAA